CCGCGCCCGGAGUCCCAGAUGGCUUCAGUGACUGAUAGUAAAGCUGGAGUCAAAGAUGCUUCUGACCAGAAUUUUGACUACAUGUUCAAACUGCUCAUCAUUGGCAACAGCAGUGUUGGCAAAACCUCCUUCCUCUUCCGCUAUGCCGAUGACACCUUUACCCCAGCCUUUGUCAGCACUGUAGGGAUUGACUUCAAGGUGAAGACUGUCUACCGCCAUGAGAAGCGAGUGAAGCUGCAGAUCUGGGACACAGCUGGACAAGAGCGGUACCGGACCAUCACCACAGCCUAUUACCGUGGGGCCAUGGGCUUCAUUCUGAUGUAUGACAUUACCAAUGAGGAUUCCUUCAAUGCUGUCCAAGAUUGGGCUACUCAGAUCAAGACCUACUCCUGGGACAAUGCACAGGUUAUCCUGGUUGGGAACAAGUGUGACAUGGAGGAAGAGAGAGUUGUUCCCACUGAGAAGGGGCGGCUCCUUGCAGAACAGCUUGGGUUUGACUUCUUUGAAGCCAGCGCCAAGGAGAACAUCAGCGUGAGGCAGGCCUUCGAGCGCCUGGUAGAUGCCAUUUGUGACAAAAUGUCUGAUUCGCUGGACACAGACCCCUCCACGUUGGGCACCUCCAAGAACACCCGUCUCUCAGACACCCCACCGCUGCUGCAGCAGAACUGCUCAUGUUAGGCAAGGCCCACCUUCCCGAUCUCCCCUUCUUGUGGCCCCAUAGCCCCCCUGCUUCGCCCGUUAUGCUCCGUCCACCCCGAGCCCCAAGCAAGCCGAGUUGCUGUUGUUCUUGCCUGCAGCGGAGUGGAAGUCUCCCCCUUGAGGUCUCUGCGGGUGGCCCCCCUUACAGAUACCCAGCUCUAGACUGACCGCCAGGUCACACGUGGGUAGAGAUCCACUUUACAGAAGAAGACUCCAUUUUUACUGAGGCGAUUCGUUUCAGGGACUAGGAAAGGGAGUUUCUUUUCUGCCUUUAAAAUAAGAUUUCCUCCAUUUACCAAAAUUUGACAAAGGACACUUUUCAGGGCCUGGCCACCUGGGAAAGUAAGGCCCACUGGUACAGCUAAUCCUAUUAAGAAAACGUCCUCAUAACACAACAUAGUUGCUUCAUAUCAGCCUCCCUGUGGGGCUUCCUCUCACUGCAAGCCAAGCUUUGACUCUCAAAGCCCUCUGCCCAUUACUACGGCUGCCCACAGGGCCUGGGCAGUUGCUGUGGUGACAGGCCAGAGCUAAUCUCCAGAGAGCUCAGACUCUCUAAUGAUGCUGAAGGAGCAAAGGCUGAGUCAGAAAUACACUUAAAAGAAAAGAUUAUUCCUUGCAAAAUGUCAAAGGUUCCUGCUAUAUAAAAGAGCAGGAGAGUAAGCUCAAGAAAGAUGAAGAGAAAGAAAAGAGAAACACAGGCAAGAUAAAGGAACGGGUCAUGACUUCCUGAUUUUGCUGCUUUCCAGCUGGUUUUAACUGUGAAAAUUCCAUGAAAUUAGCCUUUGUUUUUCAGACUCCCAGAAUUGGAAACAUUUAGAGUUGCCUAGUCUGACUAGUCCAUUUCCAUCUUCACAUCUCCGAUAACUGGCUGCCAGGGCUCACAACCAAAUCUCUUUCUUCUUCUUCUUCUUCUUUUAAGAUUUUAUUUAUUUAUUUAUUUAUUUAUUUAUUUAUUUAUUUAUUUAUUUAUUUAUUUAGAGAAAGAGUGAGCGGUGGCAGGGUGCGGGGUGGGGAGACAGAGAGACAGAGAGAGAGUGUGUGUGUCUCCAGCAGACUUCCUGCUAAGCAUGGAGCCCAACUUGGGGCUCUAUCCACGACGCUGAGUUGCUUAAUGGACUGAACCAACCCAGGGGCCCCCCAGAUAUCUUUCUUCUAAAACAUACCUUCUAGGCAGGGAUGGGAGCUUAUUGUCUACACCACCUUUGGGCUGCUCUCAAUAUCAGAAAGUUUUCCUUGCUUUAAGCUGAAAUCUCUCCCUUGGAAAUUCUUCUUCCUCUUCUCACCCCAUUUGUCCCAGCUCUGCUGCCAGAGACCUCACAAUCUAUGUUCCCUCUGACCCUUGAGACCCUUGGCUGGUUUGAGAACAGAAAUCACGACCUCCGCCCUUUCUCUGAGUUAAGUAGCUCUGCCAUUCUUGAUAGUAUCUUCCCCUCAUCUUGCCCUUUCUUCCAACCCAUCUUUCAGUUACUCCUGAGUAGUCCAACUGGGAAGGUGAUUCAAAGCAGAAUAAAUCUAAGAGGGCAUGACCCUAACAAAAUUAGGGGAAUUGAACUCAGAGGUUUCAAUCUCAAACUCAUUCUCCUGGGAGUGAAAUCUUAGUUUCUACUGAAGAGUGGAUGUGAAGCCACUCCUAGUGAAAACUGCUUAAUUAAACACCUGAAGGAGAAAACAAACCAAAAUCACAACCACGAAAAACCCUCUGACACCAGAAACAAACUGAAUGGAUUCUAGCUUCUUAAGACCUGGUAUGUGUUUGGUUUUUAGCUGAAAUAAUGACAUGGAACUAGCAAUGAUUCCUGAAAAUCUUUCCUCCCAGGCUUGGUCCAAAUCUCCAGUUCCCGCUGCACUAACACACCACGUUAGAAGUUUUGGUGGGGGAGGGGGAGUCUCCUCCAAGCUUCUUGUCCAUUUCAAAUGCAGCUCAUUUUCCUAGGAAAGUGCAUUAACUGGCAUAGGUCCACUGACGACAUGAAAGGACCCUCCAGAGUCAGCUCCAUGGAAGUGUUGCUUUCUUCAAUGCCAUGCGGAGGUUAGAGCUUUAGACUUGAAAUCAGGAGUCCUGGACUCUGCCCUUAAAUCAAGCAUGACUCUGGACCAGUCUUGAUUUCCUGCCUAUAAGAUGAGGGGGUUAUUUGGGUAAUCUUUAAGGUCCCUUCUAGUCUUAAUAACUCUGUGACUCUUUUUUUCAUCUUCAUCAUUUCAGUUGAUCUGAAAAAUAAACCUUAGAGAUGAGGAUUAUCACCCCAAUGUUGUUGUAGCUAACCCCGGUGCCAUGCGUACUCUGUACUUAGCAUUGUUCCAAGCACUUUACAUGUAUUAACUUAUUUAUCUUUUCAUCAACUUUGUGAAGGAGGCACUACAAUCAACCUCAUUUAACGAUUUAACCUCAUUUAACGAGGAAGAUAAGGUAAAAAAAAAGAUUCUCUAGCUUGCCUAACCCCACAUAAUGAAUAAAUAGUAGAACUGGGGUUCAAACUCAGGCAGUAGGCUCCAAGGUCUGUGCUCUCCACCACAUUCUGUACUACAUUUUUAAUAGAUUAAACUGUGACCCAAAAAGGUUAAGAGACAUGGUACAGCUAGCGAGUAUUAGACUCAUAUUAGGACUCAAUCCUAAGGCCAUCAGGUUCUAAGUCCACUGGAGAAAAGACUUAUGUCUCUUCUCUGUUAGCAAAUCUCUCAACGAUUCAGACUAAUCCAAAGUGAUGGAUGUCUAAUGCUUCUGAAGGAGUCAGUCUCUGAGGCAACCAGGUUCCAAGAGCCUGAGCAAAAAUUGUCCAGUGUUUCUCAGGCCCAAGUCGCAGUAUCUGCCUUUGUCAGGCAAAUCUUAUGUAGCUGUCAAGCAGGACUUUAAGCAGCCUCCCUACUUCAGCAAUGGGACAUUUUGCAGGAGUGACUUGGCUAACUUCUUUGACCACAGAAGAAUGUGACCUCUUUAUAGGCAGUGGCUCUAGGUGUGCUUUUUUACACUGUCAAAUCAAUACAGGUCAGGCAUAAUUACUGUUUUUCUGGGCAGUAACACCCAUCCACCCUAGUACUAGGAUUUCAGACUGAGCUCCUCGUGACCCUUGGAUAUUUUAGUACAUAUAUCCAUUAAUUUUUUCUUUCAUAUUGGAUAUCUAGGUAAGGUUUGAAAUUUUUACUUAAAAAUUAUUAAAUUAUUUAAAAUCAGGAGCCAGUUUAAGAGAGCAAUUUUCUUCACAACGUCCAGAAUCAAGAGUUAAAUGUAAUAGUGGCAAACUCUUCUACUGGGCAACAAACAGAGCUGCUGGCUAGAGGGCAGCUCCCCAGCCCUGCUCUGUGACCUUGUUUUUGCAGCGUGGAAGGCAGGAGCUUCCAGCUGAUUACAGUGCAAUGUUCCUCAAUCACGAUAAUAGUGCAAUUAGCUACCAAGGUUCAAGCUGCGUGGUAUGUUAGAGGCAACUCGUCCUGGUUUUCGUCUUGCUUAACAAUCCAAAUAAAAGAUUUAAAAACAGAAACAAAAACUCUUGACCUCAAAAGAGGCAAAAGUAGGCCAAAAGUGCAAUACAGUAUUAUAGCUACUUACAGAAUGUUUUAAAUGCAUAUGUAUCUGUAAAUACAGAGUGAUUUAUGACUUAUUACCGUCUCCUCAGUCUGUAGCAUUAAUUAACAGCUAGGAGCAGCAAUGCGGUUGGGUGCACUGAAUGGCCACAGACUUGUCAAAUAUAAGCUCUAAGGGAGCUUAGAGAAAAUCUUGUCCCGGAUCCUCAUUUUACAAAGAGGAGGGUUGAGGUCCAGGGAGGAAAAGGAAAUUUCCUAAGGUCUACUCUGAGAGUAUGGAGUCAGGACCCGGUCUUGGAUCACCUCCAGGUAGAAAUUUAUCUGUUUUGUAUCUACUGUGACCUGGAUCUGUUAAACACUAGAUACAUAUAUCUGAAAACAAAUGAUCCCUGCCUGCAAGGUACCUAUAGUCUCAUGGGGGUCUUUGGCAGUCAAGGAAACAUAGCCUUGGAAAAGUUAACGUGUUCAAGUCACUCAGUAAUAUCAUUUGAAUUCACUUCUGAAGCAUGCUCAUUCAAUUUCUCUCUUCAGAUUGUCUCUCAGAUGAAGAGUAUAUGGAGCAGUGGUAGUGAGAGUCCUUUGGUCUCACAAUUACUUUGUGACCACAGCCUUGUAAUCUCCACAGAAUGAUAUGAAUAUCUCCCAGACCUGACUUUCAAGUUCACAUCACCUGCUCCUGCUCCAGGGCUCUUUGCUUGGGUGUCAAGAUUCCUAGAGUGUCUUGAGGAAUGUUUAUUUGAGUUUGUUUGCCAAUAGUUUGGGGUAAUGAGAAGGAAUUAUAGUAACCAGUGUCCUGGGAUCUCACUGAUUUCAGAUUCUGCAUCUCUACUGUUACCCCUGAUUACCUUUCUCAGUUGGAGGAUCAGCCUAUCCCUGGAAUUGCACCCGAGACAGGCCCCUGAGAUAUGAAUACUGUUAAGCGAUGUUUUUUAAGGUCUUUAUCCCUUAUAUGAAGAUUUAUUCAUUUGUAUUUACUCAUUUAAUAAGUGUCUAGUAUGUGUCAGGAUACAAUCAAUGGCACAUUAAACACAAGCCUUUCCUUCAUGAGGCUUGUAGUCUAGUAGCUUGUGGUGUAGUCUAGACAUUGUAAAAUACCCAAAUACAGUUAAAAAGUGCUCUGAAGUAAAGGUACAUCAUUCUGUGAGAACACAACUGGGAAAACUAAAUCAUAUUUGUGGAGCUGUUUCAAGAGUCCUAGGAAGACUCCACUGGCCCCAAAUACUUCUGCUAUCCACUGGCCAUUGCUUUAUAUUCCUCAAGCUUUCGUUUUUUAGUUCAAACCUUUGAUGACUAAUCAAACACAGAUCCUCCAAAAAGAGUAAGAGUGACAGAAAGAACAUUUGUACCUGUGAAAUAUCUUUAGACUGCCUGGUUCAUAGUUAAUUACUGUCUUCCAAGGGACAUAACAAAUGACCACAAAACUUAGUGACUUGAAACAACAAACAUUUAUUAUUUCUCAUAAAUUGGUGGGUUGGCUGAGUGAUUCUUCUGGCUCAGGCUGGGUGGUCUAGAGUGACUUCAUUCACAUGCUUGGAGUCCCAGCUGAAAUGACUAGGGUGCUUGAGGUGCCCCUCCAUGUGUUUCCAUCUUCCAGAAGGCUGCCCAGACUCGUUCACAUGGUGUUAGAAGUUUUUCCAGCAGUAAGAGAGGGCAAGCUCCAAUGCAGAUACUUCUCAAGCCUCUGUAUCAUGUUUGCUAAUGUCCCACUGACUAAUGCAAGUCACAUACAAGGGGUGGAGAAAUAGAUGCUGUCCCUUGAUGGAGGAGCUGUAAAGUAUUGUGGCCAUUUUUUCAACCCACCAAAGGAAGCAAUGAUAAGUUAUCUGAAACCAAGUCUGAUAAAUUUCCCUGGGUCUUAAAAUCUAUUAUCCCCAAAGAGAAACAUCAAAAUAGUUUACAUCAGGGCAGUCACAUCAUUUGUUUAGUUGUCCAAAGAAUGAAAGAAACUUCUCUAUGGAGUUUUGAUGCAUAUUUCACCAUUCAUUUCUUAGCUACUCCCUGAGGGAUGAAUCUGGAAUCUCAUUCUAUGGAAUUAACUGUAAUAAUGGUUGUGAUUCUCACCUGAGAUUCCUGGUGGGAAGCCCAGCAGAAGGAUUCAGUGUAUGCAGAAAAGAUGACUCAAAGAAUAGUUGAGGGGCACCUGGCUGGCUCAGUCAGUAAAGCAUGUGACUCUUGAUCUUGGAGUUGUAAGUUUGAGCCCCACGUUGGAUGUAGAGAUUACUUAAAAAUAAAAUCUAAAAAACAAAACAAAAAAACACUUGGGCCCUCUGCUCCCAACCUAAUCUAGUCCUGUGGCUUUAGAUGCCAAGUCUUUGGUAGUGACAUGUAUACACAGGGCCCAGUAGACAUUUCCAUGUCUCAAAUUUAACAUCUCCACCUUGGGACUCUUAAUUCUGCCCCAAAUUUAUUUCAACCCCAGUCUUCACAGAAACCUCGAUAUUAUUCUUAAUUCCUUCCUUUUUUUUUUUUUUUUUUUUUUUUUUUGCUGUCCACAUCCAGCAACAAGUCCUGUGACUCUACUUUUAAAAUGUAUUUCAAGUCUGCCUACUUUUCUCCAUUGCCAUUGCCAUGAUCUUGGUUCAAGCCACUUUUUUCUCUUCUGGAGAGCUACCAUAGAGUUCCUAACCAGUUUCCCUAGUGCACACUUGCUCUCUUACAGUCCAUCCUCCACACAACACAAAUAUUUUAAAAAUAUAAAUAAAUGAACAAUUCAGUAACACUGGGGUUUACUUUAAUACCACACAUGAAAAGAAUCCAGAGACUUCAAUUAUUACUAAUAAAAGUUAUUUCAUCAAUUAUCUUUCUAGCCCUGAAUCUGCCCCUAACUUACUAUAGGACCCCUGGUAAAUAAUUUCUUGUAAUAGCCAGCUAUCACUUCUCCCCAGAAUUUCUUCUGGAAAUAGUAAUCUUUUCUUUUGUAGUACUGCUAUACCUUCAUCCAAACCAGGUGAUUCUAGUGAAGACUGUCAAUAAAGUGAGUAUGUGACCAACCAAGGCCAAUCAGAAUUCUUCCCUAGGAUUUAAAAAGAAAAAAUUGGAGCUAUUUUCUUCCCUUCUAAGUGGCAGAUAUUGUGAGGAUGCAUGCUCUAAAACUGUGAUGACCUAUCCUCACAAUGUGUAGAAUGCUGAUCUAUGGUAGGGGAAAACAAGGCUAUCAUGCAGACAGAGGCAUAGGAAUAAGAUGAGAAAGUGUGUUCUGUGGCUUUCUCAGCUGUGAUUCCAGCCUCUUGAGGAAGAUGUGGAAUCACAUCUUCCUUUGAUUCUAUUACACACCUCAGUAUAUGUUUCCAGUAAAGUCCUCAUUUAGUUUUGCUCAUUGGAGUUAAGUUCUUAACACUUAAUAACCAAAAAUAUAUUGUCCCCUCUUUGGUUUUCAGUUUUCUCCUUUAUACAUCCUCCCAGCUCCAAAGUGCAGUAAUUCUAAUUUCUAAACACUGAGUCUUUCAGAAAAAUUCCACUUCUGUGGACUUUCUGAUGAAGACAUUGUAUAAUCUGGAACAAACCCCACUCUCUUCACCAUUUUCUCUUCAUGUACCUGAAUUAAGGAGGAAAAGGGAUUUCUCAAGGUGAAAAGUAGUUCUCCACAAACACUGAUGACAGCACAGACAAAGAAUGAUUAGGUUACUGGUCCACACAGAGACUAGCUUCCCAGGGAUUCAAACACUAGACAAAAUAGCUAACAUCACUGCUGCUCUUUCUCCACAUCUGUUCUAUGUCUAGCAACUUGGUGACACCCACCAUCUUGAUAAUACAAUUGACUAGACUGAGUUGUGUGACAUCUGUUUUGUCAGCUUCUCUUCUAUAAUUUUGAAGUGGCCAAACAGCAAAUACCCAAACAGAAAGUCUCUGGGAGACUUGAAUAGAGUUUCCUUUGCUUGCUACAAAAUCAUGUCAUAGAAAUACUAACGUCUGGCACAGUAAAUCAGCAAGUCCCUGAGGGGUGUGACUAGGAUUCCCAGCUCCCUUCAGAUUCUGAUGCAUUUCUUCCUGAGUUUUACCAAUGGACUGGGAUAAAGCUAAUAGGCUGUGUGACCUUGAUUAAGUCACUCCCUGUUUCUGGGCUUCAUGAGUUUAGACUAGAUAAUUUCUGUAGGCCCUCUUGGAGCUGAUACUCUGUGAUUUUAUGCCCAUUUUCUGUCAGAGCUGCAAGUGGCAAACAGGAUUUUGGCAGGAAUCCUUUCAUUGUGAAAGCCUUCUUUCUUCUUGGGUAGGAUGAAAACAGCCAAGGCUGUGUGGAUGCCCUGCCCUCAUCAAUCAGCCAGGCUUGUGGCCUUGGUUUCUGAGGCUCCCAGAAAGCACCUUAGCAAUUAAGUGCUUCUGGAUGGUCCAUGUCUGCCUGUAGUAGGCCAGAGGUUCCUAAAGGUUAACAACAAGAAUCUCUGAUGAGGCUUGUUGAGAAUAGCACACAGACAUAUGCAAGUGAGAAGCAACACCAGGCAGCCAUGUUUAAGGGCCAGAAAUGCAUUCCAGUUCAAGGGGAAAUGAAUUUAUCUAGCACCAGACAUGCAUCAGGCUGAGCUGGGUAAGAUCUUUUUGAGGGCAAUUUCUGUCAUUCAGCUGGAAGGCUGGAAACUAAAGGGCUGAGAGAUUUGUGCUGAGCUGUCUUCCAGUCCCUCCAAACAUCAAGUUAUAGGAUGAAGACUGAGAAAGCAGUGUGGUAGAGUGGUUAAGAGCAUAAGGUUUAUAGUCCAAGAGAUCUGGGUUCAGUCCUUAGAUCUUCAUCACAAAACAGUUGUGUGACUUUGAGAAAGUUACUCAUGAUACCUCAAUUACUUCCUAUAUAAUUGGAAUAAUAUCUGCCUCCAGAGGUUGUUGAGAGGAUUAAAUGUGGGGAUGAGUGUAAAGCCCUUAGUGCAGAGCCUGGCAUUCAUAGUAGGUGCUGAACAUGUGUUGACUAUUGUACUACACAAGGUCUCAAUUAGGCAAAGUGUCCUGGAGCCUUUGUCAAAAGAUGCCCCACCAACAGGUACCUGGCUGGCUCAGUUGGUGAAACUUGAUCUUGGGUCAUGAGUUUGAGCCCCACACUGGGGGUAGCAUUUACUACAAAACAAAACAAAACCCCAGUGCUCAGAAAACCAGGGUUCUAAAAGACUUGGGUUUGAGUCCUACAAUGUACUUGCUGUGAACCUUAGACAAACAUAUUUUCAUCUAUAAAAUGAGAUUAAUAAUCUUGCCUACUUUACAAAAGAGUUGUGAGAAUCAAAUAAAAGAAACUAUGAAAUGUUGUGGACUAUAAAAUGGAGCCAGCAUGAGGGGCUGGGAGUAGGCAGUGUUCAUUCCAGAAUGAAAGCACACCCUCCAGAGUCAUUCCAAGGGUCCCUUCCACCUCUACCAGCUUUCCCCUCUUACCCCACAUUUUGGUCCCAGGAACCUAACCUCACAGAGAAAUGUCAGGCCAACAUGCCUUAUACCCAGAAGUUUGGUUGGCUACAGAGAAACUUCCAGAAGCUAAGAUCAGCCAAAGAGAAUCAACCACUGCAUGCUGAACAGAGCGGUGAGCUGUGGAUGGGGUUGGGGCUCAGGAGAGGCAGGCAGUAGGGUCCACUUGUACAGUGACUAGUAUAUUAUAACAAAAAUCAUCAAUUGUGUGUUUGGCACUUUGCAGUUCCCAAACUACUUUCUCAGUGAAGCUUCAUGGUUUUUUUUUUUUAAUAAAUUAAUUUUUAUUGGUGUUCAAUUUACCAACAUACAGAAUAACACCCAGUGCUCAUCCCGUCAAGUGUCCCCCUCCGUGCCCGUCACCCAUUCACCCCCACCCCCCGCUUCAUGGUUUUUGACACAACCCUGUGGUGUGGGUUUAUCAUUCCCAGUACUCAGAUAAGGAAAACUGAGGCCUGCACCUGAAGCAACCUACUCAAGACUACAAAAUGAAGGCAGCAAGUGGUUGGUUGGUCUUAGAACAAGAGAGUCUGCCCAAGGAGUGAGAGGUCCUGAUCCUGAGCCCUGCCCAUUUGAGGGGAUUAGGGGUAGCUGAAGAGGAAACCUAGACAUCAGUUGUGCCUACAUCUGGCUUCCUCUCUGCUUGUGGGAGAGAAGAAAGGAGAAGCACACACACACACACACACACACACACCCCCUUAAUACAGUUAAACCUUAGAACAGAGGUUUCCUCAUAUCAUGGGCCAGAGGCUGAUGGUCUCGGCAGUCACACAGAGAAAUGUCACCUUACUCAAUUUGCACACCACUUUUCAACUCCUCCAGUUGCUCUUUCUAAUUUAUUCAACCAGGGACUGGGCUGGUCUCAUGCCAGCCUAGGCUGAACAGAAGUCCUCAGGAGGAGCAAUUAGCAAAUUUGGAGUUCUCCCUCUAGAGGACUGAGCAGAAAAGGGAAUAAUAACGCUCCUAUCUCUCCCCAUAAGGUUCUAGCUAAGCAGAUGUUUUCAUGCUUUUUUAUUCUCCCUAUAUUCUGUGUCCUGACAGCUAUUCGAAGUGAUAUAUGAAAUGUUAUGUGGUAUUGUGAGCUUGUACAAAUGCAAAGAUACACAUACACACGUUUGCACAGUAACAAGAGGGAAGAUCCCAUUUGCAAAUAUCUGUGGUGUCUGCCUCUUCUGUGUUGAUAUGUUUUAUUGAUUCAGACUGGCUUAGCUUCAUGUAUCUCCUAUCCUUAUUGUAAUAGCAAUGAUGGCAUGUGCAUUAAAGUUCAA